AUGCUAGAAACCGAAAAGCCAUUGAGAGCAUGUUUAGAAGCUUUUUCUGAUUGUUGUAAAUGGCUGCUCUUUUCACCAUCCCCUCAUCUUCUUCUCUUUGCUCCCACGAUCAGAGGUUCGAAGAUUUUCCAUGGAGGCUGCCACCAUCACCAGUUCCUCAUCCUCCACAGUCCCAACCAAGCCUCCAGAAAGCCCCUCUCUCUGAGGGUCCGAGCCGCCAAGCUUCCCUCCGGGGUGGAAGUGCCGAAAGUAGAGCCCAAGUUCCAGGCUCCAUUUCUCGGAAUCACAAGAACUGCCGAGAUUUGGAACUCCAGAGCUUGCAUGAUUGGCCUCAUCGGGACAUUCAUUGUCGAACUGAUAAUAAACAAAGGGAUUCUUCAGGUGAUUGGAGUGGAGGUGGGCAAGGGCCUCGAUCUUCCUCUCUGAGAGAUUUUAGCUUCCUUCAUCGUAUUGGAAAACUCCCUCUCAAGAGAAGUAAAAUUGUGACUUCAAGAUGGUGACAACUCU